AACCCCUUCCUGACUCUGACCAGGCCCUCCCUGGAGCUGGUAGAAAGAAGGACAGAGUCACAUCCUGGAAGGAGCUCUGUGCCUGCGGUGGAUUGUCUUCUGCCGACCUGUCCCCAUGCCUCUCCUCCUCUUGCUGCUCCUGCUGCCAAGCCCUUCGUAUCCCCACUCCAUCUGUGAAGUCUCCAAAGUGGCCAGCCAGGUGGAAGUGAACUGUGAUAAUCGGGGGCUGAAGGCACUGCCUCCAGAUUUGCCAGCAGACACAACCAUCCUCCGCCUGGGUGAGAACCCCCUGGGCACCUUCUCCACGGCGUUCCUGCUGUCUCUGACUCGCCUCACUCAGCUGUACGUGGGUGAGAGUCAGCUGACCAAGCUGCAGGCUGAUGGGAAGCUGCCACUGCUGGAGACCCUGGAAAUACCCCACAAUAAGUUGAAACGCCUGCCCUUGCUAGGACGGGCAUUGCCAGCACUCACUACCCUGGAUGUCUCCUUCAAUGAGCUGAACUCGUUGUCUCCUGACACCCUGGAUGGCCUGAGCCAACUCCAUGAGCUCUACCUGCAAGGCAACAAGCUACAGACUCUGCCCCCCCGACUCCUGGCACCUACACCCCAGCUGAAGAAGCUUAAUCUGGCUGCAAACAAGUUGAAGGAGCUGCCUCUUGAGCUCCUACAUGGCUUGGAGGAGCUCGACACCCUCUACCUCCAAAGUAACUGGCUGCGAACGAUACCAAAGGGCUUCUUUGGAAACCACCUUCUGCCUUAUGUUUUCCUCCAUGGAAACCCCUGGUUCUGUGACUGCAGCCUCCUCUAUUUCAGUCACUGGCUGAAGGAAAAUGAGAAGAAUGUCUACUUAUGGGAGAAGAAUAUGGAUGUCAAGGUCACGACCCCCAAUGUGGCGAGUGUGCUAUGUAUAAAUAUUCCCAAAACACCCGUUUUUGCCUACUCAGGGGAGGGCUGCCACCCCCUUGGGGGAGAGGAUGACACAAUCAGCUAUGACUAUGAAGAGGAGGACCAACCGGGUGACACGGCGCCUGCAAUGAGAGCUGUGGUCAGCUUCUCUAGCAGCACCAAAGCCCACGCCACCCACUACCCACACGCUACUUCUCCAGACAGCCAAAUGCCCUACUUGCCUCCAACUCAAGAGUCCACUAAGAAACAGACCAUAUUCCCAACCACCACAGAAUCCAUCACAUUCUCCAAAACUCCAAGACCCACUAUUGAACCCACCAGAUCCCCGACCACCCCAGAACCCACAACCCCAGAGCCCACCACAACCCCAACCAGUCCAGAGCCCAGAAUCCUGACCACGGCAGAACCCACCAGAUCCCCGACCACCCCAGAACCCACCACAACCCUGACCACCCCAGAACCCACCACAACCCCAAAGCCCAUCACAACCCCAACCAGUCCAGAGCCCACAACCCCGACCACGGCAGAACCCACCACAACCCCGACCACCCCAGAAUCCACCACAACCCGGACCACCCCAGAACCCACCACUACCCCAGAACCCACCACAGUCCCGACCACCCCAGAACCCACCACAACCCCAGAACCCACCACAGCCCCGACCACCCCAGAACCCACCACAACCCCGACCACCCCAGAACCCACCACAGCCCCGACCACCCCAGAACCCACCACAACCCCGACCACCCCAGAACCCACUACAACCCCGACCACCCCAGAACCCACCACAGCCCCGACUACCGCAGAACCCACAACUGCAGAACCUACCACAGCCUUGACCAUCCCAGAACCGACCACAACCCCCACAACCCCAGAACCGACCACAACCCCGACCACCUCAGAACCGACCAUCUUCUUAACUACCACAGAACCCACCUUACUCCCUACUACCUUAGAAUCCACAACAAUCAUCACUGAGUUUGCCGACCUCCUGAAGGUCCGUGGGGUGGCUCUAGGGAAGGUGGAUAGCUCCAGAAACGACCCUUUUCUCAGCCCUGACUCGUGCUGUCUCCUUCCCCUGGGCUUCUACAUCCUGGGUCUCCUGUGGCUCCUGUUUGCCUCUAUUGUCCUCAUCCUGCUGCUGACCUGGGUCGGGCAUGUGAAACCACAGGCCCUGGACUCUGGCCAGUCUGUUGCCCUGGCCACAACCAUGCACACCACACAUCUGGAGCUGCAGAGGGGAAGGCAAGUGACGGUGCCCCGGGCCUGGCUGCUUUUCCUUCGAGGGUCACUCCCAGCUUUCCGCUCUAGCCUCUUCCUGUGGGUCCGGCCUAAUGGCCGUGUGAGGCCUUUGGUGGCAGGACGGCGGCCCUCAGCCCUGAGUCUGGAUCGUGGUCAAGACCUGCUGGGUGCAGUGGGCAUUAGGUACUCUGGCCACAGCCUCUGAGGGUGGGUGGUUUGGGGACCUUGAGAGGCUCUAAUGGGCAUUCCUACUGGGAUCUAGCUGGGCGUGGGUGGGUGGGUAAGGAGCACACCAUCUGAGGGAGGUCUUACUUUUCCUUUAUCAGAAGCCUCCUUUUCACACCACAGGAAUACAACCUCAGACCCAGCAAAACAGGAUGGGUAGUGAGAUGGAGUCGUGUGGGUUACAGAACAAAGCUCCCAAUGCUGCACGGGUAUGGGAGGGUCACGUGGGAUUUCUCAGGCCACUGUUUUUAACACUUUUGGGAAGUUUUCAGGAAAAAGUAAAUAAACAGAAUACUGUGGUCCUAUUUAUCUGUGUAUUGAAAAUUUGAAAAGAAAUUCAUCAAGAUGUGAGCCCUGAUUGUCUCUGGUGGUAUAAAUAUGUUUUUUCUUUCCUUGGCUUAGGAUUUCCUAGUUU